GCCUCGUAAUCUUCAAAACAAAGUUUCCGCGCGAUGUUGCUUCGCCAGACAACUGUUGUUCCGAUUUGACUUAUAUAUUUACCGCUAUCAAGAAGAUUUACACCAUGUCAAACCUCCACAAUGAGUUCAAGACGGGGAAUAUCUUUCGUAUAUAUAUUAAAGAUUUCCUAACCUUUGAUGAGAUAGAAGUGCGUCCCAAACCGCACUUGAACUUCAUCAUGGGGCCUAAUGGCACAGGAAAAUCCACCAUCCUCUGUGCAAUCUGUAUAUGCUUAGGAGGUAAACCAGCAGUCACAGGCAGAGGCAAAGAGGUUACUGACUACAUUAAAAAUGGGAAGGACGUAUCAAUUCUCGAGACAGAGAUCUUUGUUGAAGGAACCAGUUCCAAUGUAGUUAUCAAGAGGCAGUUUGAUCGCAAGAAGAAGACUGUUUGGUUUCUUCAAGGCAAGGAAGUGUCAAAGAAAGUGGUAGAGACCAAGAUUGCAUCCCUGAACAUUCAGGUUGACAACCUAUGCCAGUUUCUGCCACAGGACAGGGUUGCUAGUUUUGCCAAGAUGAAUUGCAUUCAACUCUUAGAGGCAACAGAGAAGGCAGUUGGUGAUGCCAGUCUCUAUGAACAUCAUGACCUCUUGAGAUCCAGCGGUGACAAGAUGAAAGACCUGAGGGCGAAGGUGAAGGAGCUCGAGUCACAGCUCGAGAUUGCAGUUAAGAAGAAUGAGAGAUUAAAAGAUGCAGUGAAAAACCAUGAGCUGAAAAACAAGUUGGAAAAGGAGAUUGAGCAACUUCAGACACAGAAGCUGUGGUUCCUCUUUGAUGUGAAGAGACGAGUACAUAUGGGUCUGAAAGCAAAUGCGUCUGAACAGAAGACUGCAUUGAACAAGAAACGAGGUGAAUUAGAACCAGCACGUAAAAAGAUUGAAAAGGCGAAAAAAGACAUGGUUGAAUAUAAGAAAGAUAUCCGUAAUAGGACAAAAUUUGCGGAGACAAAACAAGAGGAGAUAGACAAGCUGCAUAAGCGCUACCAACAGCUUGAGGAGGCACUGCAGGAUGCACAGCGAGAGUACAAGGGACGGGAGCUAGAGGAACAACAACGGAUGCGCGAGCUCUCUGAUUAUCGCAAGCAUCUGGAUGUCCUGCUGGUCCAGCUCAAUAAUCUGCCUCAGGUCAAUGAUGAAGAGACAAAAAAGAGGCUUAUGGAACUCACCCGGGAUAUCCAGGAAGCAUCACAAUCAAUGGUGAGACUAGAAAGCCAGCGGGAUGAGGUAGUCCACUCCAAGAAGGAGUCUGAGCGGAGGAUCUUCAGCACGGAGCGUGAACUAGUUGGCUUGCAGGAUGUGGCGAGACAACGCCUUGAACUCCUGAACAAGACAAAUGCAGAAGCCUACAGAGCAGCAAAGUGGUUGGAGAGCAAUGCAGAUAAGUUUUCUGCACCUGUUUACCCUCCCUUGUGUACGCAGCUCAACAUCAAAGACCCGAAGUAUGCCAAGUACGUGGAAGACCGCGUCAGCUACCAGGACCUGGUGGCAUUCGUGUGUGAGAGCAAGGAGGACAUGAACCUCUUCAAAGAACUCAUGGACAAACAGAAGAUGCGCGUCAAUGUGGUGCAUUCAUCCCCAGCCGAUAUGUCACAGUUCCAGCCUAAGAUACCCAUUGAAAAUUUAAAAGAGUUUGGCUUCCUCAACUAUAUGAUUGAUGUUGUGGAUGCCCCCCCUGCAAUCCUCUCCUACCUUUGCCGCAACUACUCCAUCUACAGAAUACCUAUUGCGGAAAAGGCAGACUUUGACCGGGUGCCUGUGCAACUGCCGUAUUUCUAUAUAGGUGGGGAGAGGUACUCCAAGGCCCAGUCAAGGUAUGACAAGGAAUGGUCAACCAGUAUCUACCCUGUAAAGGAUGCACGGCUGCUGCACAUCACCCAGGACACACAGCGCAUCCAGCAGCUCCGGGAAACUAUCAACAACAGUCGUGACAUGAUUGCCGAUGCUGAGGAGAAACUAAAGCAAAACAAAACAGAAGAACAUGAGCUUACAAAGAACCUCGAGAAGCUGCGUAAUGAGAAGAGAGUCCUCCACUGUCGCAAGGAAGAAAGGAAACAGAUGGAGCAACGUAUAGCCAACAAGAAGAACCAGAUUGCACGUCAUGAGAAGAGUUCCGUCAACCUGGAGGCCGAGAAGGCAAAAAUGACCAAAAAGAUCAAGGAAACAAUAAGCAUGAUGAUAGGCAGUAUGACCGAGCAGAAGAAGAAGAUGGAGGUGCUGGCUGAGGUGGCAGUGGAACACUCCAAGCUGAUGACGCAGGCAGCGGUCACAAGAACCUCCUUGCAGAUCCUCGAGGAGGACUUAGUCUCAUCGGAACAGGCGCUCACCACCCUGCAGGAAAGCAUAGACAGGUUGACUCGUGAGCAGGAUGCAGCAAAAGCAGAUGCCACUUCAACCUUGCAGGAACUCCUCCACUCCCUUGGUGUCAGAGACUACAAGGACAUAACAAAUGAGAUUAGAGAAAGGUUUAGAAAUUCUAACCUGGAGGAAACAGAGCAGAAACUGCACCAGUUGGAGGCUCACCGUGACUGUCUAAUUACAGCCAAUGACAGCGAAGUGAAAGAGUACAGACAAAGAGAACGAGAAGUGAACGAACUUCAGCAGAAGUUGGAAGGGGCGCAAAACACGGCAGGCAACCACCACAAUGCCCUCGAGGAUAGCAGAACUAGAUGGUUGCCGAGAAUCCGAGAGCUGACAGAAAACAUUAGCAACAACUUUUCAAGCUUCAUGGCCCGCCUGGGGUGUGCUGGAGAGGUUCUCCUUGAUGUGGGGGAGGAAGACGACUUCAGAACGUACGGCAUCAAGAUCAAAGUGCGCUUCCGCGACAGUGACCGCCUGCGGGAGCUCACGGCGCAGCACCAGUCGGGCGGGGAGCGGGCGGUGUCGACGGCCCUCUACCUCCUGGCGCUCCAGAGCCUCACCUCCGUCCCCUUCCGCUGCGUCGACGAGAUUAACCAGGGAAUGGAUCCCAUUAACGAGAGACGGAUGCUGAACAUGCUGGUCAAAACGGUCGCGGCCGAGGAGUCUGGACAGUAUUUCUUCGUGACGCCAAAGCUGAUCCCGGACAUGGAGUACAACAAGUACGUGAACGUGAUGGUGGUCUUCAACAGCCAGACGAUGCUGCCUCACAGGAAGUUCUACCUGCGGAAGAUUCUCAAGCGGCGCCAGGAACUCAACGGCAAGGAGAACAUCGCCUCCGCCUGAGUGGAGUGGAAUGGAGGGAGUGGAGAGGAGUGUU